CUGUUUCCUUCCCACCUCCGCCGUCCUCCCCAUUUCCGCGUUCGGCGUGCGGAAGUCAACUCAAACAAUCGAGAGCAGGCGCUCGCCCGUGCUCGGUGCUCCCCCCGAAAUCGCCCCAAAUCCGGUCCCAAUCCGGCGGCCAUGUACGGCGACUCCGACGGAUCCAAGGACCCCGGCGCCGCGCCGCCGGCCUCCGACCAGCCCUUCCCCAACCGCGAGCUCACCCUCAGCAGCUACCUGUGCGACAAGCCCACCCUCGCGACCGCCGCCGCCGCCGAAGCAGCAGGGGCUGGGGCUGGGGCCGGUCCGUCCUCUCCUCCGAACCCCGCCCCGCCCUCAACCGACGCUGCGGAUGCCGCCAACGCCAAGCUCUGCGUCGAGCGCGACUUCCUCCACCUCUCCGCGCCCAAGCGCGGGGAUCCUCCAGGCGACGACUCCUCCGUCGUCGGCGGGAAGAAGCCCCGCCUCGAUUCCCUCCAGCUCUCGCUCUCCCUCCCCUCCGACGGGCCCGCGCAGCCGUCGUCCCAGCCGCAGUCGCAGCUCCCGUCGCUCCUUCCGUCGGCCCCUGCGGCCGAUGGAGAUCUCAGGGGCGCGUCCACCGGCGCCCCCGCGCCGCCUCCGAGGCGGACCUACAGCGCCACGACGGGGCGCACCCGGAGCAUCAACUCGGACGACAUGUCCUACUCCUACUCCAUGUUCUCGCACAACCCCAGCUGCUCCCUGACGCACAACUCCACCGACAUCUACGCCGCCGGGGAGGGAACCAACGGCUCCGUCCACAGCCGAUUCAAUUUUCGCCCCAUGGGGGACGGCAGCGUCGCCUUCGCCACGCCGCCGAUGAAGGAGGGUACGUCCUCCUUCUUCCCCACUGAACUCCCCGCCGCCAAGAUGGCAGCGGCGGCGGCCAGCGCGGGUGGCAGCUUCGACGGUGGCCGCAGCAGGACGCAACCAUCGCGGUCUGAUAGGAUCCUGCAGGAUAUCGUGUCGGACUCUGUGGCUUCCAUGGCGCAUGUGCUGCAGGAUUUGCCCAGCGAAUCGCUGGAGGUGCUUCGGGAAGCAGUGCGGAGCAUGGUCGAUGCUCCGGAGAAGAGGGACGAGCUGGCUAGCCUGCAGCGUAGGCUGGAGCGGCGGUCUGACCUGACCGCCGAGGCACUGGGGCGGGCGAACAGGACUCAGCUGGAGAUCCUGGUGGCCAUCAAGACUGGUAUGGCCGCGUUUGUCACAGGCAAGGGCCGGGUACCAAGCAGUGAGCUUGUGGAGAUGUUCCUCAUGACCCGUUGCCGCAACCUGAACUGUAAGAGCAUGCUGCCUGUGGAUGAUUGUGAGUGCAAGAUUUGCUCCACCAAGAAAGGGUUCUGCAGUGCAUGUAUGUGCCCGGUGUGCCACAAGUUUGACUGUGCUGCAAAUACCUGCAGCUGGGUUGGGUGUGAUGUUUGCGGGCAUUGGUGCCAUGCUGCAUGCGGGCUGGAGAGGAACUUGAUCAGACCAGGCCCUACACCGAAAGGGCCGAUGGGGACAACUGAGAUGCAGUUCCAGUGCCUUGGAUGCACCCAUGCUUCUGAGAUGUUUGGAUUUGUGAAGGAGGUGUUCAAUUGCUGUGCAGAGAACUGGAAUGCUGAGACGCUGAUGAAAGAGCUAGAUUUUGUUAGGAAGAUAUUUGCUGCUAGUGAUGAUUUUGAGGGGAAGGGGCUUCAUGCCAAGGCUGAAGAGGUCCUCAGCAUGCUUGCAAAGAAAUCUAUAUCUCUUUUGGAUGCAACAAACAACAUGCUACAGUUCUUCAAAUAUGGUGUUACGGAUUGCUCUGUUACUGGCAGCAAGUCCAAAGGUAUAUUGGCAGUUCAGGCGAGCCAAUCUACGAUUCCCCUUCUAACUCCAACUAUGGCUCCACAGAAAUCCUUCAACUUCAAGGCCACCACUUCCAUUCUCGACACUCAGAUCGAUGCGCUCAAGUCCAUACCAAAGCCACUCUCUAUUGAAUCCCAUUUCGGCACCAGCUCAAAGCCACUCGCCAUUGACUCCCAUUUUGGCGCUAGCCCAAAACCACUCACCAUUGAUUCCCAUUUUGGCGCGAGCCCAAAGCCACUCUCUAUUGAAGCACAUUUCAGCACCACCUCGAAGGAUGAUGACGCCUCUACCCUCGAGACCAUCGUGAAGUGCAAGGAGGCUGAAGCAAAACUGUUCCAGAAGCUGGCUGAUGAUGCCCGGAAAGAAGUAGAUAACUACCGCCAGAUCGUCCGCUCCAAUACUCAGAAGCUGGAGGAGGAGUAUAUUGCGAGGCUGGCGAAACUAUGCUUCCAAGAGACGGAGGAGAAGAGGCGGAAGAAGAUGGAGGAGCUCAAGGCGCUUGAGAACUCGCACUAUGACUACCACAAGAUGAAGUUGCGGAUGCAGACUGAGAUCCAGGGCCUGCUUGAGCGGAUGGAAGCAACAAAGAAGAUGUGGGUAUAGCACCCCGGUAAGAAUCAUCAUCAUCAUCAUCAUCUGCUUGCUGCUGCUGCUCUGAAUGUCUGGAAAUGCGUUGUUGUGCAUUAGAAUGGUUUCUGAGCUGUUGUGUUUCCAUCUGUAAUCUGUUGUUAUUUUACCUGUUAUUAUAAGUGGAGGAGGCCUAACCUCAUGCUGGCAGAUAUAACUAGAACAACAACAUUUCAGUUAAUUGGUUGCAAACGUGUGUGCCUGUUGUCAUUGCAAAGCAAAUAAUUCUCCUGACGUGUGCAA